UCGAGAGAGAAUUGAUCAAUCGCAAUGAUCAAUUUAUCUAAUUCUUCAAAUAUUUGAUCAAUUUUUUCUUUGUACAAGAUCUUGGCCCGACUUCUAGCAUCCUGAGCACAAAGCUUUAGAACUGCAGAUGCUUUCGCACGUGGAAAUCACUGACGCUUUAAAUACGAAAUAUGAAAUUUUGCAAUUUUCAGGAUGAAAUAUAAUUUAUAAAAAGAUCCUAUAAUAGCAUACAUAGAACAUGGACGAAAUAGAUUAUAAAUUAAGAUCACAGAAUCCUACUUUGAUAUCAUACGCAAUAUCCAGAUUGAUUGAAAUAAUCAGAAAAAAGUUGAUAGAGGAAAAGGAUAUUUCAAAGAUAUCAGAAUUUAAAUUACUUUCAUCUAAAUGCAACAGUGAAGACUCUAUAGUUAGCACAUCUGCAUGUCAGGCAUUGGUCGUGCUUGCUGAAACUGGAUUAUGGGAUAUCAAAUCUGCAUUAGCAACAUUCAUGGCAUGUUUAUCUUCUUCAAAAAAUUAUCAAACAAUCACCAUAGCUCUGAGUCAACUAUUGAUAUUAGAUUGGAAGUCACGUGAUGAACAUAAUGAAUAUACUCUCGAAGUUCCUACACAGCAUCCUUUUAUUUCAAUCUUGAAUCAGGAGAAACUCAGUUGGAAAUCUGUAUUAAACCAAAUGAAGUUCAUUAUGAAUCAUCAUGACAAACAUAUUAUGCAGCAGAGUGUAAAACUACUGCGACCUGUAUUCAUGUACAUAUUGUGCAAUCCUUCUGUGGACUUAUGCGAGAGUUGCAGACAGGAGGCAUGGCAACUUGUGAUCAAAUCCAAUAACACCAUGGAUUUACAAACAGAAAUUUUGCUGUGGUUAUGCACUAAUCGAGCAGACACCUGCGUCGAUACAAAUUAUCGAAUUAUUGAACUCGCAGAUAUGGUGUUGCUGAGAAAAGAUACAGAGUUUUGUACGGCAUUAAUACCUUUGAUCGCAUCUUUAACGAUACAGCUUUUAGAAUAUGGCUAUGAACCAAUACAAAAUUUCCGCACGAUGUUAGAUCUCUUUGAAUGCUGUGAUAAUUAUAUAGGAAAUAUUACGCUAGUUUUAAUGGCAGAAAUAAUUUUAAUAUGUCCUGCAGCUUACUUGCUCAAUGCCUUCCAUAUAUGUACAGUUAUCGUAGACAAAAUGCCAUGCCAUAUUAUAUUAUUAAAUACAUUGGCUGCAUCUUUGUUAAAAUGGCUUGCUUAUCCGUCAUUAUUGUGCUCUGACGCAUUAGUGAUAGCAAAAGAAUUGUUAAGCAAGAUAAUAUCGCAAAAGGAAAUGAAUAAUGAUAACAAUAUCGUUUCAAACAAGAUGCUGCUCGUAUUCAGUCAUAGCAAUAGGUGCAUCCAAUUUUAUAUAGAAAUCAUUCACAGUCUGUAUACUCUAAAAGACGAUACUUUGAUGACAUGGCUGGAGAAUUUGUCACUUGCACCAAUUGAUUUGAGAUAUAUGUGCAAGCUGAUCUUAUGUGGUAUCUUCCUGCGUAGCAACGAACCACUCGUUGUGCAGAAAACCUGUCAUAUUCUCGUACAAAUAGCGAGAGAGAUCAAUUCCUUCGCGUCGCACGCACUAUCGCUGUUGCUUCAUAAAUUGACAAAAUCUCACGAUAGCUCCACGUUACACUACUUGUUGCUAAGUGUCCCGGAAUUCGUCAUGACCAAGGAAAAUCUGCCAAUUGUCAUUCAUACAUUGGACGCGCUGCUGAACAGUGGCAAGCCAUUGAAAUACUUUGCGAUCCGACUUUACGUAAAGGCGUUAGAGAAGGAACCGCGAUGCUACCGUUUCAUAUCCACCGCUUUGAUGGAUACUAUGGAGAAUGAUCAUACUUGGCAGUCGGAUGUGACGUGCGCUCAUGCGAUAAAGUCCAUUUGCGAGAGCCGGCCUGAACAUAGUGAGGAACUUGUGCCGUUGCUUUCGCAAAUCCUGAAUCGGUGUGUUGAUCUGAACGGCGGAGCAGCCACCGCGCUUGCACUCAACAGCAUCUCGGCUCUAUGCAAGUCGACAGUGAUAGGCAUUUACUCUACCUGGCAAGUGUUAGCGCCAAAAAUGCGCAAGGAGAAGCGCACAGUAGUCCUAAAGAGUCUGUGCGAACUUUUUGCGGGUAUUCCCUCGUAUUUAUUUCGUGCAAGUGAUGACUACGACAAAUUUAUCAUCGAUGUUGUGACACUUUUAUGGAACUACACAGUUUGCGAUGAUACGAGAGUCGCAAAAGCUGCGCUCAAGGCGUUGAAGUCUUACCAUGUGGACCGAAUUCCUCUGAGCGCUUUACCUCUAGACUUCCAAUCGGACAUUGCGGCACCACACGUAUCUAAAAAGACGGAUGAAAGUAGCAAAUCCGAAAACCUGCUACAGCAUAUACCGGGCUUUUAUUGGAUCCAAAUAUUAAAGAAGAUGAACAGAAAUGUUUUAUCAACGGCUGGAGAUCUUCUAAUUUUCUAUAUCGGAAACGAAUUAAACAGUUUCAGAUCACGGAUAUACACUUGGCCACAAGGCGAACCACAAAACUUUAAAUAUCUGCCUGAGAGAAGUGUAAUAAGAGCCGUCGGCGAAUAUUUGAGACGAAACGAUAAGACUGAUCCGGAUAAUCAGAGAAUUAUGGUGGAAUGCUUGCGCAUAUUUGCUUACAAGCACGCGAAGCCAUUGCCGAAUAUAAAGUGGGACUUUUUAAUGGAAACUAUGCAAAUAUCGGACGAGGCUAAAGAGUACAGUCUGUCGAUCGCGAGUCGUCAUUGUCAAACCUCGCUGUCGGCGAAAUUGUUAACGGAAAGUUUCUUAUCCAUGUAUACGUCUGCGUCAGAAGCCGGUCGAUUGUUGCUAAAUGAGAAACAUUUGGUACUUUACUCGAAUCUGGCGGAAUUAUGUCAGACUAUUCAGCCAAGCAACUUGCAAAAGUUUCUCGAAACUUCUCUUCAUUAUGCCAUUGAUCAAAUCUUAGUGAAUAAUGAAAAAUCUGUUUAUUUGUUCAAUCAUAUUAUGUCUUCUUAUGUCAUUGCUUUGAAAGAUAACACGAUACAAAUGGGAAAUCGUACGCUGCUGACCACAAUGUUGGAGGAAAUAUCGGAAAAAGUUGAUUUAACGUCCAAACACUUCGAAAAAUAUUUCGCAGCUGUUAUGGAAUUGUUGACUAAGGAUGUUGAAAAAAUGACGUCGCCUAGCACCUGGUGGGUAAUACCACCAAGGAAACUGGAAACUGCCAUCGCUAUUAGAACCCAAUUAGCUUUUAGAGAACGUACCAACACACCAUUCAUCUGGCUGAAUGAACUUAUUAAUAUGACCGAGUCUAAUCCUAAGAUGCAAAAACAUUUGUUGGAAAGUAUACAAAAAGUGCAGACUGAUUUAAGAUUGGAAAAAUCCUGUGAUCUUGAAUCGCAGAAAGAUUGGAUCUUGGAUUUCAUAAGACACAUUGACGCGCUCAUGGUGGAGACAUCAGACAAAAAAAUCAAUAUAACUAUUUAUUGCGAUAUUUUAUUCAUCUUAGUUAUCUGUUUGUCUGGCAUGGACUGCUUUCUGCCGAAAAAAGAAUUACUAAUUAUUUCGCAAGAUAUUAGAAUGAGAUUGUUUCCACAAGCGAUUUCUGUGCUCAUUGAUCGACAAAUUUGGAAAUCUAUAACACGCCAGAUUAUGAAAUGGUUGAAUCACAUGAGGAGCAGUUCUGUACCUGAUGUGUAUAUACUUGCGUUCCAGAGCGCAUUAAUCUUAUUAAGGCAUGAAGAAGACUAUAAUUCACAAUGGAAAAAUUAUUUAUCAGUCAAGACUUGUAUUCAAAUAUAACUAAAGAGAAAUAUGUUUAUAUGAGAAAUAUUUUUAUAUAAAAAAGGGAAGUUUUCAUGUUGAACCGAUCUACUUAUUUGUAUUACUCAGCCUUGAACAUUAUUAACUCUUACAAUUGUUAUAUUAAAUCUUACAAUUGUAAUGAACAUCUGUAAAUAUACCUGACAUUUUCUAUUUC